GUCCAAACCCUUACUGAAAAAUCAAAGGCUGCGGGGGAAGGCAACAUUUCAUAUCAACAUUUCAGGUUUUUCUGCUUUACAUUGUGCCUCGUUGCUCUUUUUUUCAUUAAUUUUCUUUCUACAAUGUGCUGCGGGCCAAUAAAAAAAUGAGCCAAUAAUGCAAUGGUUCUUGCACAAAGCCGACAACUAACAUGCAUUUGUGGGAGGGUAGGGUGUUAAAGGCACUUUUUUUGGCCCACCAAUAAUACAACUGUUAAAGUGUAUUGCAUUUUGUAUGUGUGUGGAACAAUAAGCAACAGACGUGUAAUCGUUUUACGCAGUGACGUAAUCCUGUCUUGUUCCAUUACGUCGACAGAAAAAAUUUUCAUCGGCAGCCAGCGGCGGUUUGUGAAUGGCCGAGCCCGACUGUCAAUCACGAAAGUAAUGUGCGUCACUUCCGUUGUCAGGUGGCGCUGUCGCUGUGGAAAGAUGCGAUCAGUGGAGAGAGGAGGCUUUUCCUUAAUUGCUCAUUUCAGCCACACAUCCUAAAAAAAAGCCUUACGAGAACCCCAACGGAACCGGGGAAGCUUCACACACGGAACUAAUCCACGGCGUUCUCCCGAGAAAUGUGGACGUUGUGAGGGGACGACGCAAGACUUUUAACCCCGGCAGGUUUCGGCUUGAGAGCUCCAGUAUGUCCAAGCGGCGUGCUUCGGAGAGAGGGGCCGGAGAGACGUCAGGCAGAGCCAGCAAGCUGCAGUGUCCUGGGAUAUCUGGCAGUAACGCCAAGCGAGCUGGGCCCUUCAUCCUGGGGCCUCGUCUGGGCAACUCACCAGUACCCAGUAUAGUGCAGUGUCUGGCCAGAAAAGAUGGCACCGAUGACUUUUAUCAGCUCAAAAUCUUGACGCUAGAGGAGCGAGUGGACUCUGCUGGCGAGACUCAAGAGGAGAGGCAGGGCAAGAUGCUGCUGCACACAGAGUAUUCCCUCCUGUCUCUGCUGCACAACCAGGAUGGGGUGGUGCACCAUCAUGGCCUCUUCCAGGAUCGAGCCUACGAAAUAGUGGAGGACACGGAGGCCAACAAGGUGCGCAAGAUGAAGAAGCGCAUCUGCCUCGUGCUCGACUGCCUGUGCGCCCACGACUUCAGCGACAAGACGGCCGACCUCAUCAACCUCCAGCAUUACGUCAUCAAGGAGAAGCGGCUGGGCGAGCGCGAGGCCAUCAUCAUCUUCUACGACGUGGUGCGCGUGGUGGAGGCCCUGCACAAAAAGAACAUGGUGCACCGAGACCUCAAGCUGGGCAACAUGGUGCUGAACAAACGGACGCACCGAAUCACCAUCACCAACUUCUGCCUAGGAAAGCACCUGGUGAGCGAGGACGACCUGCUCAAAGACCAGAGAGGAAGUCCGGCCUACAUCAGCCCCGAUGUGUUAAGCGGUCGUCCAUACCGCGGUAAGCCCAGCGACAUGUGGGCUCUCGGUGUGGUUCUGUUCACCAUGCUGUACGGCCAGUUCCCCUUCUACGACAGCAUACCUCAAGAGCUCUUCCGCAAGAUCAAGGCCGCAGAGUACUCCAUCCCAGAAGAUGGCCGUGUAUCUGAGAACACGGUGUGCCUGAUCCGCAAGCUGCUAGUGCUGGACCCUCAGCAGAGGCUGACUGCAGGAGAGGUGCUGGAGUCCCUCAGUGACAUCAUCGCCUCCUGGCAAUCAGUUUCAUCACUAAGUGGCCCCCUGCAGGUGGUGCCAGACAUCGAUGACCAGGUCAAUCACCCAGAGCAUCUGCAAGAGGCCAAGGUGACGGAGGAGUCCUCGCAGUACGAGUUUGAGAACUACAUGCGUCAGCAGCUGCUGCUGGCCGAGGAGAAAAACACUAUCCACGAGGCCAAGAGCUUUCUCACCAAGCGCCAGUUCGGCAGCCUCCCCCCAGUCAGGCGGCUGGGCCACGACGCACAGCCCAUCAGCCCGCUCGACGCCGCCAUCCUAGCGCAGCGUUUCCUGCGCAAGUAGUCCUCAACAACAACCCCCCGCCCCCCCCAAAAAAACUCUCACUGAGGAGAAACUGAACUGCAAGGGGGCGGAAUCUCGUCCAGGGUACCCACAGCCUCAUGUGUAGGUGGGCUUUGGUGGGGCAGAAAGACAGACCCCGGAACCAAAGGUUGCUUGCUCCCCCAUCUAGUCACUGUGGACCCCUCCGCAUUUUCUUCUUCCAUCUCCUCUCUCCUGUCCAUGUGGGAUCUCCUGAGCAAUACAGGUCCAGAAUCAUGUAGCAGCCCCUCCUCCAUAACCUCAUGGCAGACCUCCUUUCAACCUUCCUUCCUUCUUUCCUUCCUUCCUCUGUUUUGGGGGAAAAAAGUCAAUCUACCUCUCUCGUCUUCUCUUCUUUGUUGGUAAACCACGCUCACUGUUCUGAGACCACGCCAGUGACAUCAAGCAUCCAUGCUCCUGAUGCUUGGGAAAACACAGGAAAACGGAAUAAGCUUUCCUUUUUUUUUCUCUCCUUCAAUCAUGUUGAUCGCUGAGUAGCAUUUUAAUCCCAUUUGGAAGCGGGACAAUAUCACAGCGUGUCUACGAGCACACAGAGAACUCGUUGUCGUCGAGAUGUUGAUUUUUAUUUUUUUCUAGCAGCAGGCAGCUAGCAUGCGGAACCUGGAAGUCACCAUGCCAAGACCCCACCCCACCUCAACCCCGACCCCCGAUAUGAGGCCAUGAACUGUUGCUCUUUGGUGCCAUCGCCAAAAAUCAUGUCCUCAGAAGCCACGGAACUGGUACCUACCUGGGUCCUCAUUCAAAUACCGACUUCCAGGUACCGUUUCUGUCUAUCGAGACACCUGUUUUGUUCGUAGUAUGAAUGUGAAUGAGACGUGUGUGUGUGUGUGUGUGUGUGUGUGUGUGUGUGUGUGUGUUUCCAGCCAAGGCCUACCAAGCCGUUGACCUCGGCAGCCGUCUUUAAGCUAUUCUCCUGUUUUUUUGUUUUUUUUUUAGUGAUGCUUUUCCACUGCACGACACCGGCUCGGCUCAGUUUGGGGAUGGUCCUCACCUCCGUUUUUACUUCUUGGCAUGUGUGAGUGACUGAGGGGAGCACUAGGCACAGUAACAGGGUAAGCUAAUGUUAGCGUGUAGCCUUGUAUCCUCAAAAGUCGAUUAAUUGCCUGGUAUUUCUGGCGUAAGUGGAGCCGAGUAGGUACCGUGCAGUGGGAAAGCAACAUUUUUGAAAAAAUGUUGAUAUCUGGCACACUGUGAAAAAGCCAAGACCAACACCGAGCAAUGUUUUCAUCCCCUGUGAGUCGUCUUUCUGUACAUGCAUGUAGUAUUCUAAUUAUUAUUAUUAUAAUUAUUAUUAUUAUUAUUAUUAUUAUUAUUACUAUUAUCAUCCCACUGUUUUAGGUGCUUGCUGAUCCAUACUGUAAUUUUUUUAACAGGUUUACUGAGUUUGUAGUUGCCCUGGAUUGUGGUGACUCCCUUCUUCUUUCCUUAAUUUGUAGUUUGUGUGUUUUUCAAGCCUUGUCCAAGCCAAGCACCAGCAGCGACUGUUAGGUCUAUUGUACACCGCAACUUUUUUUUCCCCACCUUAAUUCCUCACUAUUUAUAUCCUCCACUUCCCCUUGAUCCUGGUGUAAUUAGAUUUAUUUAUUGUUCACUUAACACCAGGAGGUAGACAUGUUGAUGCUUUCAGCUACAAUCAUGACAAAAAGUAGCGGCCAUUUCUUGCCAUAUCGCCACCAAUUUAAGCUACCCUAACCUGAUUUAGGACUGGUGCAUAUGCUUUCUUUCUUUAGUUUUUAUAACACAAUCUAGGUAUUUUAGUUUUUAAGCUUGACUUGCAUACGUAAGCAUAGUUUGUUUUUGUUUUUUGUUUUUUUUUUAAACAAUUUCAGGAGUGACAUGUGUUGUGUGUGUUGUGUGUGUGUGUGUGUUUGCACACAAAAUGGAAAAUAUUUUUUUCCCCAGUUUUUUCUUUUUUUCAGACUACAGUUUUUUGGUUUUUUUUCCUGACUUACAGUCAGACAAAUAUGCCAACGUUUUUGGCCGUGACUGUAUUUUUAGCUGCUUUUGUUUUUGUUUUGUUUUUUUUGUUUUGUUUUGUUUAGUUUUUUUGGGUUAAACUUAGCUUGAAGUUCUUUUUGUUUUUUUUCCUGCAGGCUUUUUUUGUUUUGACUACAAGAAGUAAGCUUUUAAAAAAAAUAAAUAAAAACUAAAAAUAAACACCACAUGCAUAGCUUUUUUUUGACACAAGCUUUUUUUGUGACUCAGCUAUAUAUUUUUUUAGAUUUUAUCUUCAGACUUAUGCAUAGCUUUUUUUUUAAACACCAUUUUGUUAAAAAAAAAUGUUUGACUUGCACAAUAUAUAUUUUUUUCAAUUUAGCUUUUUUUUGUUUAACUUAAUUCUUAUCAGACUUAUGCAUAGCUGUUUUUUUUAUUAUACUAUUGACCUUUUUUUUGUUAAACUUAAGUCACAGUUUUUUUUGUUGUUUUUUUUUUACUUAUUUAUGUCCCCCACCCCCACUCACCCACCACAAUGAUUGCGGCUCUUUCGGUCAGCAUGUAAAUAUUCCCCAGCAUGACUGCACCACAUCCCAGAGUAAAAAAAAAAAAAAGAAAAAAAAAGUAAUUAGAGUCCCAUAUAAAGAUGUAACUUGAAUGGA